AUGGAGCCGGGCAAUUAUGCCGCCGCGGAUGGGGCCAAGGACCUGGAGGGCUUGCUGGGAGCGGGAGGGAGCCGGAAUCUACUCGCCCACUCCCCGCUGGCCAGCCACCCGGCGGCGCCCACGCUGAUGCCAGCUGUCAACUAUGCCCCCUUGGAUCUGCCAGGCUCUUCGGAACCUCCAAAGCAGUGCCACCCGUGUCCCGGGGCGCCCCAGGGGGCGUCCCCAGCUCCGGUGCCCUACGGCUACUUCGGAGGCGGGUACUACUCCUGCCGCCUGGCGCGCGGCUCGCUGAAACCCUGCGCCCAGGCAGCCGCGCUGGCCGCCUACCCCGCCGAGCCUCCCGCGGCCGCCGAGGACUACCCCGGCCGCCACGCCGAGUUCGCCUUCUACCCGGGGUACCCGGCACCCUACCAGCCGAUGGCCAGUUACCUAGAUGUGUCCGUGGUGCAGACGCUGGGCGCCCCCGGGGAGCCGCGCCACGACGCCCUGCUGCCCGUGGACAGCUACCAGCCCUGGGCCCUCCCCGGGGGCUGGAACAGCCAGAUGUGCUGCCCGGGAGACCAGAACCCGCCGGGGUCCUUCUGGAAGACGGCCUUUGCAGACUCAAGCGCUCAGCACCCUCCAGAAGGCUGCACCUUCCACCGAGGCCGCAAGAAGCGCAUUCCCUACAGCAAGGGGCAGUUGCGUGAGCUGGAGCGAGAGUAUUCAGCUAACAAGUUCAUCACCAAGGACAAGAGGCGCAAGAUCUCGGUGGCCACCAGCCUCUCAGAGCGCCAGAUCACCAUAUGGUUUCAGAAUCGCAGGGUCAAGGAGAAGAAGGUCCUUGCCAAGGUCAAGACCAACACAACUCUGUGA